UGAACUUCCGCAUCGAGGAGGAAGACGAGGAGGCAAGACGGUCAGAUGCAAUGAACAUCAAGACAAAUCUUUGAGUCAUCGAGCUUCAUCGAAGAGGAAGAGCUCAGCGGGGAUCUGAUGUUCAGGAGGCUUUUCCUUUGACACUUAACUGCUGAGAAAAGGACUGACACUUAAAAACAAAGAUGGAGGACAUUGACGCCAUGUUCAGUGACCUCCUGGGAGAGAUGGACCUCCUCACUCAGAGCCUGGGUCAGGAAACGGGACCUGCGGCAGAUCUCCCCAGCUCCACCAAGGAGGUCAACUUCUCCACCGACUAUGCGGACUGGAAUGCGUCCCUCAAUGAGCUGGAGGACAAGGAUCUGGACGACCUCAUGUCUGACUUGAUGGCCGACCUGAACGCCACCGAGGAGAAGCUGGCGGCGGAGAUUCGGGGCCUGGAGGCGCCAACGCCGCCCCCGCCCGACCUGCCCCCUCCGCCCAAUGGCCAGAGCGUUCAGGCUGCCGCCGCCUCUCCCUCGCCUGCAUCGUUGGCGAGCGCCUUCCCGCCCCCCUCCUCCACCACCUCCCCCCCGCCGGCUCCCCCGUCUCAUUCGGCAAAGCCGUCAAAGGAGGAUUUGGAGGCUCAGGUAAAGGCAGAGAAGAUCAAACUUGCACUGGAAAAGCUGAAAGAAGCCAAGGUGAAAAAGUUGGUGGUAAAGGUGCUAAUGAACGACGGCAGCUCCAAGACUCUGAUGGUCGACGAGAGGCAAACCGUCCGGGAAGUUCUGGACAACCUGUUCGAGAAGACGCACUGCGACUGCAAUGUGGACUGGAGUCUGUGUGAGACCAGCCACGAGCUGCAGCUCGAAAGGACCUUUGAAGACCACGAAAACCUGGUGGAGCCGCUCUCGGCGUGGACCAGGGACAGCGAGAACCAAGUGCUCUUUCAGGAGAGAGGAGAAAAGUACGAGGUUUUCAAAAACCCACAGAACUUUUAUCUCUGGAAAAAGGAUAAGAAAGCUCUCAAAGAAAUCAAAGACAAAGACAAGGAGAUAUUAAUAAAGGAAAACUUUUGUGGGAGUUCCAUCAUCGUCCCGGAUCUGGAAUCCGUCCUGCACCUCAGAGAAGAUGGGAAGAAGUCCUGGAAGCAGCGGCUCUUCCAGCUCCGGGCCUCCGGAAUUUAUUACGUCCCCAAAGGGAAAACUAAGUCGUCCCGUGACCUCGUCUGCUUCGUCCAGUUUGACAACGUCAACGUCUACUACGGUAAAGACUUUAAGACCAAAUACAAAGCGCCGACAGACUUCUGCUUCGUUCUAAAACAUCCUCAGAUCCAGAAAGAGUCUCAGUACAUCAAAUACCUGUGCUGUGACGACGCCUGGACCAUGAACCUUUGGGUGACCGCAAUCCGGAUAGCAAAGUACGGGUCCCUGCUGUACGAAAACUUUCAAACGGCGCAGAAGAAGGCUGUGGUGAACUCUGCAUGGACCAACCGCAGCACUCCGUCCAGCUCCAAUCCGUCGACGCCCUCACCGACGGUCAAAGCUAAAGCACAGAGCCAAGCUAACGGCCACGCUCCCAAACCGCCGCCCGGACCCGUUUCCCAGGACUUUGGACACCUCCCUCCUCCUCCUCCUCCUCCCCCCGCCCUAAAUGAUCCUCUCCCACCUCCACCCCCUGACCCAGUCUUCCCUCCUCCUCCACCCCCUCUGGCUGCCAAGAGUUCCCCCAAAGCUGUGGGCAGGCAGCAACACCUGCAAGGCAACUUUCCUCCACCUCCACCUGAGAUGAACAACCUCCCUCCCCCGCCGCCCCCUGAAGAAUCCCCUCCAGACUUCCUCCCACCUCCUCCCCCCAUGAACUUCCUGCCUCAUCCGCCUCCACCGACUAGCUUUGGGGGAAUGGACCAGUCGCUUCCUCCUCCACCCCCAGAUCCAGAAUUUUUACCUCCACCUCCACCUGCCCCGCAUGUCACAGGCGGCGGAGGACCUCCUGCCCCUCCGCCGCCUCCUCCGCCUCCACCCGCGCCUGUUCCCCCCCUGCAGGCAGCAUUGAGGCCCACUGGGUCUGCAAAGAAGAUGCCUCCCGCUCCACCAAAGAGGACUACUCCUGUGCAAGGAGGAGGAGGAGGAGGAGGGGUAGACCUCAUGUCUGAGCUGAGGAAUGCCAUGCAGAAAAAACGCAGCAAUCAAUAGGAAACUGAGGAGAUCCAGCUUGAACUGUAAACAACAAAUGAGGAUGAAGGCAGAGGAGGUCAUGAUCGUCUCCAGUGAUACUUCUUCUUGAAUGAAAGGCAAUCACCGCCUCAUUCUUCAGAACAGUUUUUAAAGAAAAAGCUCAGGAAUCACAGAAUACAAUGGAAACAUCAUGGUAGUGUACAUAUGUUAGCAUGAAGUGCUGUAAAUACAAUAACUCAACAUUUAUGUCUGCAAUAACGUUGUAAUUUGUUGCUUUUAAAAGGCCUGUCUCCCUUCAACCCCCCGGAUAAACCUGUUUUCAUAAAAAAUAUGCCCUAAACUGUGAA